AAACCAAACAUGAAUCCGCGAGAACGCAUAUCAAAAGCUGAAAAGUAUGCACUUUAUAAUAAUUUAUCAAUAUUAUUAAAAGCUGUAGAAGGUUACAAAACAACAAUUGAUUUACGAAAUGAAUCUUACGUUUAUGGAACUGUUGAAGAAACGGACGCGUUCAUGAACGUGACGAUGAAAAACUGUUUUUUCACGUACUCAAAUGGUGAUACCGUCAAGUUUGACACGUUAUUCGUCCAGUCGAGGAAUAUUCGAAAUGUCCACAUUCCUGCUAAUGUAAGAAAAUAUAACAUUUGUUUAUAA